AUGAUUAUAGAAGAAAAUUCUUUGGCUGAAGAAUUAAAGGGAGUUUCAAGGUAUGAAAAAGUAUAUCCAAUAAUAAAUAUUUCAACUAGGUUGCUUACAUAUCAAUUUUUAUUAUUGGAUUACUUAUAAUUAAAACUGAUGAUGCUUACAUUACGUGUCAAACUUCAGAUGAAUUUUAAGGAAUAAUUUGGGAAAUGGGAUUGAUUCCCUUAGCCUUUAUUGGAGAUGUAACUAAAAACUUAAAUAUAAAUAUUUUUAUUGUUGGUUUGGUUUAAUUUUUGGCCUGUCAAUUAAGAUUGCAAUUCACAAUGAUAUAUUUGCUAUAUAAAAUACUAGGACAAGGGAAAAUGGUAUCAUAAUUAAUAUAUUUAAGAGAUUUAUAGUUUACUUUACUUAAUACCCUUAAUAACAAAUAUAAUAUUACCUCAUUAAAAAGUAUUAUUUGGUUUUACAUAAUUUGUAUUAGUAUUAUUGAUUAUAAUGCUAAAUAAAACCUUAAUGCACGAAAAAUAACACAAACCAAAAAUUAAUUUUAAAUAUUAUGUUAGUAGAUUAAUAGCUUGUAUUAUAUUAAUGUAAAAAUUGGACAUGGUAAAUAGUAAUUUUUAUGAAAAUCAAGUGAUCUUUAUGAGUAUUAAUUAUAUGUAUCAAUAGUUCUUAGUUUACCUUUUGUUAAAAUAUUGAUCAAUAGAGUACCUGAUAUAGUAUUUGCAAUCAUAUUCCUUAUUUACUUCUAUCUAAGCCAUAAUAAUCUUUUUUUACAAAAUAUCUUGUAAGGUUUACUUAUUUGCUUUGUUAUUUUAAAACUUUUGCCAACAAUAAUGGAUUAAAAAUUUUCAAGUAUUUUUUAUUAUUAAAUAUUAAUAGUGACCAUUUCACUACUUCUACCAAUAAUAAUAUUGCAAUUCCCCUUGCCAGAGUAUUUUUUUGUACUGUUAAUUUUCUUGAUGAUCAGCGAACCACCAUAAAACUUAUAUGAAUAGAUUGAAUUAUGA